AUGAAAAAACUCCAUUCAAAGUAUUCUGAUACCAACUUGUUCUUUGAUGGAACUAGAAACAUGUACAAUGUAAGAGACUAUGUCAAAGGCAAAAAAAAUAGAAAGCCAGAAGUGCGCUGUUCCGAGAAGGAAGAAAGGAGGCAGUUUCUGAGCGAAGAAGAAAAGGAGCUAGCAUUUCUGAUAAGAAACAGGGAUCUCAUGGAUCCAACUAUCAGGAAGGUUGAUUCUGAGAAUGGCUAUGUUGGGAAGUUUGUGAAUUAA